CGCGGCCUUCUGGUCGUGGCCGUGGUGGAGGCAGGCGUUGGUAACUUGAUUAAGAAUCUCUUUUUUAUAUAGAAUUACUUUCCUGUAUUUUUGUUUUGACAUUGACGUAUUAAAGUUUUGAUGAUGUCAUUUUUUGUGUUUUUAUUGCCUGGGGUGGAGGGUUUUUACAUGGGUUUGUUGGAACAUGGCCGUAUGGACCGGCAUUGUAGAGUGCAUGGCCAUGCUACUAGUCAAAGUUCGGAGUCCAGCGCCUCGACUUCUAUUCUGCCAGCGAUGGACGACAGUAACUUUAGUCUUUCAAUAAUUUUCAUUUCAGGGCUUCUGUUUUUUCUGAUUUCUUUGGGUAUGCUUAAAGGUUUACUCGGAUUGUGUUGCUGGGACAAGAUUGGUAUGUACGGACUAGGUCUUUUGAUUGAACUCCCGCGACCUUUGAACCGGUACCAAGAGAAAGAACUCGAGAGAAGACCGGUGGUAUACGAUAUUGGGGGAUGGCCGAUUCAUCCCGACACUCAAGAACGGAGCGUCCGAGUUUUGCCGAAGAGAACCGAGUUUUGUCUAAAUUUGAUCUUUUUCCUGGCGUAUCCUUUGGCCGCAUGUGUCUACAUUUGUGCCUUUUGUUGCUGUAUUAAGAAUUAUAACAAGACGCAAGACAGUAGUUGUUUUAAACACGUGGAUGUUAUCAGACUAAAUGAAUGUAAGAACGAGGGCCCUGGCGUAGAUGUCUAUCUGGAUAAACAAAAAGAAGAACAAGACACAAAAUAUGUAAGAGAGACGAUGCGAAAAAGUCAAGAAUCGCUUCAAUAUAAUGUGAAAGUAAAGACAUGCAAAUGUCAUUCCGAAACUAAUUAAAUUUGAUUCGUAAUGGGAAAUGACUGUGCUUUUGAGUCACUAUCACAUCAGCGCCUAUACUAGUGGAGGGAGCAAUUAAUAAUCUAAAAAUUUUAACGUUGCGAGUACACUCGUCUCAACUUAUAAAUUUGUAGAAGAAAAAGGCAAACACAUAUUCAUAUAUCAAUUUAGUUAAUGUAAAAUGGCAUAAAUUAUUUCGCAUUGAACA